AUGUCAUCUGGGCUUGCCCUUGGUUUCGCUGUCGAGGGUGCACCCUGGCACUUGGUUUCUCAUUUAUUCCCAGAUAAAGUUGGCGGGCGACCAGCCUGGCUAGCUCUUCAACACUUACCAUCUCCUAGUGAACUAAAGUGUCCAGUAUGUUUGAAUCCAAUGUGUUUCCUCUUACAGAUAUACUCCCCUCUAUCUGAAAAACCUGACUGUUUUCAUCGGAUGUUAUUUUUAUUUAUGUGCCGAAAUAGUGAAUGUCAUUAUAAGCCUGAUCAUGUACCAUUCUAUGUGUUUCGAUCGCAGUUAUCGAGACAAAAUUGCUAUUACAGCUUCGAGCCCCCUGAAAACGAUUUUCCCAGUCGUGAAAUGUUAAACUCGAUGAUAAAGGCUAACUCUAUUCCAUGGGCUGGCAAAUAUUCAUCUAUCUGCCCAAUAUGUGGAUGUAAAGCAGACAAAACGUGUUCAAAGUGUAAAACCACUUCUUAUUGUUCUAAAAUGCACCAGGUUCUAGACUGGAAACGACACAAGUUAGAAUGUGGUUCGAAAUGUCACGAUUUCAUGUUAUUAUUCGAACAAAAUAGCUUCUUACUUCCUGAGUACCGUUUAUGUUCUGAACCUGCAGACAACUUUUCUUCAAAUGAUGAAAGUACUUCAGAAGAGGUGGAAACUGACACUGAAACUGUAGACCUGGGACUUUCAAAUAAUUCUGAAGUUAAAGCGCUUGAAUUUAUAGCCAAGAAAGAGACUAAAGAAGAAGCCAGAUUUAGAAUGUUUAGAGAAGCAAUGAAAUCGGCUCCUGACCAAGUCGUACGAUUUCAUAGAGGUGGUAAACCCAUUUGGCUGAGUGACUAUCCUGUAGAAGUUGAAAAAUGUGAAGUUUGCGGUUCUGAACGUGUUUUCGAAUUUCAGGUUACACCUCAAAUAUUGUUUCACUUAAAAUUGGAUAAAGUUGGUGAAUUAAAUCCAGAUUUCGGUUCGCUUUACGUUUUUACUUGUUCUAAUUCAUGUGAACUUCCUAGAAGAAAAAAAUGUACAGAAGUAUCACCUUCUAAAUGUGAUAAUGCAUUUAUUGAAUAUCAACGUGAAAUUGUCAUUCGUCAAAUGGUUCCAUAA